UAGUGAUCUAUAUUUCAAUUUCGGUAAUUUUAGUCGGCCAAUCCAAUUUUUUUGGUUAGCGCUCAACAUAAAUACAACUAUUGAGCAAAUCAAAUAAAAUAAAAUUCAUUUAUAUACAUAUAACGAUCCCUAAAACUCUAACCCUCUUUAUCUCUCUCUCUCAACCACCUACUCGAUUCCAUCACUGAGCUUCCACCCGAGUUUGAAGUGAUUCAAUGGGUGAUCCACAAAAGCAUAGAAUCCUGAUGGUUUCAGAUUUUUUCUAUCCCAACUUUGGUGGUGUGGAAAACCACAUUUAUUAUCUCUCACAAUGUUUGCUCAACUUAGGUCACAAGGUGGUGGUUGCAACUCAUGCUUAUGGAAAUCGAUCUGGGGUCAGAUAUAUGACUGGUGGUUUGAAAGUAUACUAUGUUCCAUGGAGGCCAUUUGUUAUGCAAAAUACAUUGCCGACCUUCUACGGGUUAUUACCAAUUAUAAGAACUAUUCUUAUUCGAGAAAGAAUUACAGUGGUGCAUGGACACCAAGCCUUUUCAACAUUUUGUCAUGAAGCUCUUAUGCAUGCAAGAACCAUGGGAUAUAAGGUUGUAUUUACAGAUCAUUCUUUGUAUGGUUUUGCGGAUGUUGGAAGCAUCCAUAUGAACAAGGUGUUACAGUUUACUUUGGCAGAUGUGACUCAAGCGAUAUGUGUUUCUCAUACAAGCAAGGAAAACACAGUGUUGCGGUCAGGAUUGCCGCCAGAGAAAGUUUUUGUAAUACCUAAUGCUGUUGACACUUCCAUGUUCAAGCCAGCAGUGGAUUGUCCAAGAACAUUGGAAGAAAUUGUUAUUGUUGUUAUUAGCCGAUUGGUUUAUCGGAAGGGAGUAGAUUUGCUUGUCGAAGUCAUCCCAGAAGUAUGCCGGUUACAUCCCAAUGUUCGUUUCAUUAUUGGAGGUGAUGGAGCUAAGCGUGUGCGGUUGGAAGAGAUGAGAGAAAAGCAUUCUCUACAAGAUCGAGUUGAUAUGUUGGGAGCUGUGCCACAUGCACAAGUCCGAUCUGUUCUAAUAUGUGGGCAUAUCUUCUUAAAUAGUUCCUUAACAGAAGCUUUUUGCAUAGCUAUAUUAGAGGCUGCAAGUUGUGGAUUGUUAACAGUCAGCACACGUGUUGGAGGAGUUCCUGAGGUUUUGCCAGAUGACAUGAUUGUUUUGGCAGAACCUGAUCCCAGUGAUAUGGUGUAUGCAAUACAAAAGGCCAUAUAUAUGCUGCCAAAAAUCAAUCCACAAGCUAUGCAUAAUCGAAUGAAGGAGCUCUACGACUGGCAUGAUGUUGCCAAAAGGACUGAAAUUGUGUAUGACCGUGCUUUGAAGUGUCCCAAUCAAAAUCUACCAGAGCGUCUCUCACGAUACCUCUUUUGUGGAGCUUGGGCAGGCAAGCUGUUUUGCUUGGUAAUGGUUGUUGGUUAUUUGUUAUGGCAGCUCUUGGAAUUAUGGCAGAUGAUAUCGAGGAGGUGCUGGAUUUCACUCUUCCACACAACUGUGAUGAAGAAAUAUUGGAAAAUACACAAUGAUAUCGACGGUGUGUUUUGGUGUACCGCAGAAGGAGCUAAUCAUUAGUACUUUGUUUGGUUGGUCUUGGCGCAUAUAGAGGCCGGAAGCAUGCCUUUUGCCAUAUAGAGAACCACGGUAGGCUGUUACUAGUGUUAUUGUCGAUGUUUUUAUUUUUAGCAUUACUUUGUUGAGCUUGGUAGUCAAACACAUUAAUUUGGGAUUUUAGUUUCUUAUCUUUACAAGUUUCAAUAUUUUUUCCUCAACAACCUAGUUUAAAGAUUUUUUUUUUAUGACGUGCUAUUUUAUUAAUGAAUAACAUGUAGAAUUGCAUUUAAUGAUGUGAUAUUGUUGAUUUGUUUAACUAUUCAUUUGAAAUUCAUGGUUUCUUAUCGAAAUUGAUAAUUAUCACAUCAUUAAAUGUAAUUUUACAUCUUAAUAAAUAUGAUAAGUCAAUAGAAUAAGCUCCAAGCUAAAUUGUGGGAAAAAAUUAUGAAACUUGUGAAACAAAUAGACUAAAAUCCUAUCUUAUGAUUGUCAUGCUAGUAUUAGGCAUUUGCUUCUUGCUGAUUGUAUUGGAGUUUGGGGAAAAAUUUCUUAUGGGCUUAGGUUUUCUUCAUUUCUAAAACAAAAAGGUGAUUUCUAUUGACUUA